AUGAAAGAAAUAAUAUGGUUCUUUUUAGUGAAUGUGGCUUUCAAUAAACCAGCUUGGCAAUCAAAACCGUACAUUUCAAACAAGACAUUCCACGCAAACAAUGCCGUAGAUGGACUGAAAUCUGACCUCAGUGCUUGGGGUGGACAGUGUUGUGUAUCUGCUGACCGUCAGAGAACUGCCACCUGGUGGGUAAACCUGACAUCAAUCUACAGCAUUCAUGAUAUCAGGAUUUAUUACAGAACAGAUAAUAGUGUGUGGAAUGCAUCGAAUGGCUACACAGAAAGAUUUCUGGGGUUUUACGUUUUUGUAUCGAAUACAACAAGCCCACGAGAUGGUUACUUAUGUUUUCAAGAUACAAUUUAUAACAAAUCUACAAUUCCUGCUGUCGCCAAUAUAACCUGCACUGUACAUGGUCAAUACGUCAUCUACUAUAAUGAAAGACUUCCAAAUGUUACGUAUACAGAUGAAUUUUCCGACUACGCACAUAAUGAACUAUGUGAGGUGGAGGUUUAUGGUUGCACAACUGGAUACUACGGACGUAUCUGCUCUUCCCCCUGUCCUGACAACUGUCGUUAUUGUCACAUAGAGACUGGAGAGUGUUCUUGGUGUGAACCAGGGUAUCAGGGGUUCCAAUGUGAACAAAGUAAUAUAUCGAUAAAAAAUUGCUAUGUUUGUUGGAGUCAUGUCAGGGUGGCAGAUACGGACAGGAUUGUGGACAGUUAUGUGGAGCUUGUCUCUAUAAUAAACAAUGUCAUCACAUCAACGGUUCAUGUCUUCGAGGCUGUGAUGCUGGAUAUAAAGGGAAUCUUUAGUGUUCAGAUGGAAAGUUUGGAAAUAACUGUGAACAGGAUUGCAAUCACAACUGUGGGGUACGAAAUAGAUGUAACCGAACGACUGGGGAAUGCGUGGGCGGAUGUCAAAUUGGAUUUGAGGGACUUCAAUGCCAAAAUGAGAUUGUACGUAUAG